UAACGUUGUAUUUUACCCUAAAAUUUAUACCUUUAUCGUGUUUUGGGUCUCUAUCUCACAAACAAUCCACUGACCUCGGUUUUGCCAAAGCAGAGAUUCUUGGGAUGUCACACGGUGCGAAGGCAAGCUGAAGUUGUGCAACUGCCACCCAUGAGAGUCACCCUAGCAGGGGGUGGUGCAUAUCUCCAGAGCUAUAAGUGAGGCCAAACAGGACGCUUCCACAUUAGACAAGCACCUGCAGCUGACUAAGAACUGUUGGAGUUGCUUUAGGUGAACAUCUGGACUUGUGUAUAUCAAGACUUAACUUCUGCACAAUGGAACCAAGAACUACACUGAUCUUCAUGUUUAUCUUGUGUACAACUCGGGAAGGUGGGGGGUUGCCUCUAGUUUCCCAGACUGACCCGGGCGACCCGCCGGCAACCCAUAGGGUCAGGACCAAACGCUGCUCCUGCAACAACCAGCUGGACUCAGAAUGCCAUUAUUUCUGCCAUCUGGAUAUUAUCUGGGUGAACACGCCAAGUAAGACUACAAUUUACGGAUUGGGAAGUCCACUGUCUCGCCGGCGAAGGUCCACUGGCCGCUGCUUCUGCGCCAACCCUGCAGAUCGGACCUGCAAUGCUUUCUGUCUCUACAGUUCUGAGAAUCCUGCCAUAAUGCUCGUGAAGCCAUCUGAACCCGUGCGUGAAAAAGAGGAUCGGCCCAAAAAUGACUCGAAGAAUUCCAGUCCAGGAGUUCUGGUUUUAGGGGAGUCUACCGCCCCUGGGGCUCGGUCAGACGUCAUGACUUUCCUCAGGAACCUGGUUCAGGCUAGAGUCAGGGCCAUGGAAAAGGCCACCGGCACUAGACAGUGGGCAUCCGGCGCUAGUAAACCUGGCUACAGAUGAAAUCCCGACCCCGAGGCAGGAGGGACGGGAGAGCGAGCGUUUGAACAAGAAAUGACCCUUGUGCAACAUGGGCUAGCAGAACAAAGGGAUGCUGCAAGCGGGAAGCAGCACAUCGCUAGUAACGGAAGCAGGGCGUUUUACUGGAGAGCCCAAGGAGGUUUUUCUGAGUCUGGGGCUAGUUGAACUGUUUCUGUUUGUUGGGACAGGUAGGGGAGGUAUGAGCAAAGAUGGUUAGUUGCUUGAGUGCUUGAGUUUGUUCAGAAACAAGUUGGUUUAAAGGACUCAGAUAUCCAAUGUCUGGCAACUAUUGGAGUUGCGUCACUAUUUUGGCAAACGUAGUCGGUAGAUUUGUUUAUUAUUUCCUUUCAAAAGGAAAACAGAAGAUAAUAGAAGUGAAUGUUUGGGACAGACCAAUUUAAAGGCCUGAAUUUUAGUUAAUUCAAUAUUUAUGUGUGCUAAUAUUAGGCAAAACAAUUUUUGCAUUUAGUGUCAAAACGAAAGGAAUCGAAUCUUUGGACUCUAUUUGGGCCUUUGAACCCUUUGAACAUUUUUACUGAACGUGGAUAUAAAUGAUGAAUCAUUUCCCAAAUCAUUUAGGAUGAUGUUCUUUAUUUCUUGAGCAAAAAUGACCAGCGUGAAUUUCUGCUGGUUUAGCAACCAAAGCAUAGCUAUGCAAAUCUAAGAUGAUGAAUCUGCUUUGACGCAUGGUCUUUCAGAUGAAUCUGGGUACGCUGGUUAAGAAGUCUUGUGGGUCACCAGCAUACUGGCAUCCGAUGCUCUGAACCAGUGCACACAGCACUAUUUGUGAUUCUAUCCAAGAUGCCAGUGUGAACACAAGGAUGGGCAUUUGGUUUGGAAUGGCCCAUAAAGAUAAUCCCUUUUGUUUACGUCCAUUAAAUAUCUAUCCUUUAACUGUUGUUAUAUAAAUCUAUAAAUGCUGUUUUGUUGUUGCAAUCUGUUGUUAUGGCCACAAGAUUUUUUUAAUGGUACUGAUCAUAAUCUUUUCUUUAUUGUAUCUAAAUGUCUUAAUAAUUACCAUCAAUUUGAUGUCUGUGGAAAAAGGCCAAAGGGAGUUACAUGAGAGAUCUGAAUGGUUAAGUUAUUAGUUUCUAUCUGUAGAGAUAAAUGAGAUGCUGUUUGUUUCUUUCAUGUUCUAGCAGCAUACUUUCAUCAA